AUGGAACUUGAAAUGCCACCAAAAGAAAUCAUCCUUAAAGAUACAACUAACAUUAAAGUUACUUCAACAACUAAAGACAACAAAAGAGGGUUACUCGAAUCAGAGAGAAGUUCUGUUUAUGUUGGUAACAUUCCAAUGGAAUGCACAAAGAAAGAUUUACAAUUGUUCUUAAAAGAUGAAAAAGAUGUGUUAAAGAUAUUACUGCGUACAACGAAAGUUAAGGUCGCAGGUAAAACAAAAGUUAUAAAGUUCGCAUUUGUAUCUUUUAAAGUUAAUGUCAAUGUCGAUGAAUUAAACUCUAAGUAUAGUAACAAUAAUUUCUUCGGCAUUAAACAGUUGUACUUUGAAAAGGUAGAGACUAAGAAACCAACUUCUCAAAAAAUUGAAAAUAUUGAUCAACGUAUUGUGAAACCAUCUACUGCUUCAAUCUUAAAACCUGAUGUUCGUAACACUUCGACAAAAGUCAAGGAAAAUUCUCUAGAAACUGAAGUUGAUAAUCGAAGAGGUAACUCGAAUAACACAUUAACCAAAUAUAGUGAUGAAAAGAAACCUAGAAAUAAUAAACUUGAGUCUAAAUAUCCCUUAGGUACAACUUCAAAGAAUAAAACACCACCACCACAUUCAAAAAAAAGUGCAAAAACAAUAUUUAUCAAAAAUAUACCAUAUGAUAUUACGAAAAAAGAAUUGGCUGAAUUCCUAAAUGUAAACGGAAAAUCGGUUUCUUUACCAAAAGGAAGGUUACAAGACUUAACAACAGGAAGAAUCUUAACCUCUCAUAAAACGAAUAGAGGUUAUUCAUUUGUUACGUUUGAAAAUUUAUCACCGGAAGAAACAAUACAACAAAAAAUCGAUAGCUUGCAAGGAAUAGUACUAAAGAAUAGAAAACUUACUAUAGAGUUUGCAAUUGACAAAGAGGAGCCCAAUGAUAAUACAGUGCCAACAAGUAUAAUAUCCGUAACUAAGAUGUAA